CUCUGGUACAUGGAAUCACAGAAUAUAACACAGUUCCCUAAACUCCUUCUCCUGGGCCUCUCAGAUGAUCCAGAUCUGCAGCGCCCCCUCUUUGGAACAUUCUUAUUGAUGUACACUGUCACUGUGUGUGGGAAUCUGCUGAUUAUCCUGACUGUAAGCUCUAGCAGCCACCUCCACACCCCCAUGUAUUUCUUCCUUUCCAACUUAUCCCUGGCUGACAUCGGUUUCACUUCCACCACGGUCCCAAAGAUGCUUCAUGACAUCUAUACAAAGCAGAAAGCGAUCUCCUAUGUUGAAUGCUUGAUUCAGUUAACAUUGUUUAAUUUUUUUGGAUGUAUGGACAAUCUGCUGAUCACUGCAAUGGCCUAUGACCGGUUUGUGGCCAUUUGUCACCCCCUGCACUACUCAGUCAUUAUGAACCCCCGCUUAUGUGGUCUGCUGGUUCUAGUAUCUUUCUUUAUUAGCUUGUUGGACUCCCAACUGCACUAUUUCAUGGUGUCACAGUUUAUCUUUUGCGGAGAUGUAGAAAUCUCUAGUUUCUUCUGUGACCCUCCACUACUCCUCAACCUGGCCUGUUCUGACACAUCCAGCUAUAGUAUAUUAACAUAUUGCAUUGGUGGCACCUUUGGUGGUGUUCCAGCCUUGUGGAUCCUCUUCUCUUAUACACGAAUUGUUUCUUCUGUCCUAAAAGUGUCAUCAUCAGGUGGGAAGUAUAAGGCCUUUUCCACCUGUGCCUCUCACCUCUCAGUUGUUUGCUUAUUUUAUGGAACAGGUCUUGGGGUGUACAUCAGUUCAGCUGUCAUAUCUUCUCAGAGGAGCGGUGCGGUGGCCUCAGUGAUGUACAUCCUUGUUACACCCAUGCUGAAUCCCUUCAUCUAUAGCCUGAGGAACAGGGAUAUAAAGAAGGCACUGAAGAAGCUCCUCAGCAGAACAACUUAUAUGUAA